AACCAGCGAGCGUCGCGGCGGCAGCGGCAGUUAGUUGCUGGUAGGCAAGGCAGCCGGCUGACUCCGAGUGGAGUGCGCGCGACCGUCUUGAACGUAACCGCGAUCGGGUCCGAGGCGUUUUAGCGUUUGCGACCGACGCUGCGGGAGAUUGUCCUGUCUCGCGUGGUGCCUAUCCACCGCUUGAGCGUCGGACGUCUCCGUCGGGGAUUCCAAGUUGGCGUCGCUGCUGAGGAAGACCACCAGUUGCAGGAAGGCCAGGACGCCGCGCCGGGUCGGCCGAAGGCUGUUGUUGUGGUAGACGCGCGUCGUGCUCUCUGCGCGUUACUGUGACAGACAUUGUCUACCAGCACGAUGGAUAACAUGUCGCAGUGCAGGAUCGCUGGAGACACCUCCUGCUGAUAGUUGCUCCCAGUCUACUACCCCCUCAGGCCUCCUCUAGGACAUGGCGCGGCGCGCGCUGUCGCUGCUGGCGCUGGCGGCGCUGGCGCUCAACGCGGAGGCCAUGUUCUCCACCGCGCCGUCCGCGCCCUCCGCCUUCAACGACCCCCCCACCAUCCAGUACCAAGAUUUGAUGGCCAAGGCGGACGUCUUCGUGGACAAGGGCAGCGGCUCGUUCUCGGAGCUGCUGUUCGACGUGGGCCGCGAGCAGGUCGUCGUCGGCGCGAGGGACGCGCUGUACCGGCUGUCGCUGCGCGGGCUGCUGCGCCUCGAGAAGGCCCCCUGGCCCGCCCCCACGGACAAGGCGACGCUGUGCCAGGUCAAGGGGCAGUCGGAGGCCGCCUGUCACAACUACGUCAAGGUGCUCGCCACCAACGGCAAGAGGCUCUUCAGCUGCGGCACCAACGCCUUCUCGCCGCAGUGCACCUGGAGAGAGAUGGAGAACGUCAACAAGGUCCUGGAGAAGGUGGCCGGGCUGGGCAAGUGCCCGCCCAACCCGCGCACCAACAGCACGUCCCUCAUCAGCUCGACGGGGCAGUUCUACGUGGCCAGCACCAUCGACUUCAGCGGCACGGACGCGGCCCUCGUCCGGAGCUUCGGCACGGCGCCGCUGCUGCGCUCCAACCAGUACGACAGCAAGUGGUUCAACGACCCGCAGUUCGUCGGCUCCUUCGAGACCGAGUCGCACGUCUACUUCGUGUUCCGGGAGAACGCCGUCGAGUACAUGAACUGCGGCAAGGCGGUGUACUCUCGCAUCGGACGCAUAUGCAAGAAUGACGUCGGCGGCUCGGUGAUCCUCAAGGACACGUGGACGACGUUCGUCAAGGCGCGCCUCAACUGCUCGCUGCCCGGCGAGUACCCCUUCUACUUCGACGAGAUCCAGGACAUGUCCCUGGUGGACAACCACAAGAUCCUGUACGCCACCUUCACCACCUCCAGGAACAGCAUCCCCGCCACGGCCGUGUGCGCCUUCAACAUGACGUCCAUCCUGAAGGCGUUCGCAGGGCCCUUCAAGUACCAGGGCCACUCGUCGUCGGCGUGGGAGGCGCAGACGUCGUCCCUGGGCACGCGCCACUUCGACUGCGAGAAGGUGCAGCCGGACCCGCGCUCGGCGCACUCCAUGCAGGACUCGUCGCGCUACCAGCUCAUGGACAACGCCAUCCAGCCCACGGCGCUGCUGCCGCUGUACCACCGGCGCCUGGAGACGCUGGGCCUGGUGGCCGUGGACGUGGUGCCCACCAAGCACCACCCCGGCGUGCACGUGGUGUACGCCGCCACCGAGGAGGGCAUCAUCAAGAAGAUGUCGGUGCUGCCCGGCACGCAGCAGACGUGCGUGCUGGAGCUGUGGCAGCCGUUCCCUGUCGGCGCGGGCGGCGCGGGCGGCGCGACCUCGGCGCCGCGCUACCGCAAGAUGCAGUUCCUGCGCGAGACCGAGUCGCUGUACGUGGGCACCGAGCAGGGCGUGAUGCGCAUCCCCGGCGCGCACUGUGGCCGCUACAAGACGCGCAGCACGUGCCUGGCCGCCAUGGACCCGUACUGCGGCUGGAGCGAGCUCCACGAGAACUGCACGCCCGCGCCCAACCGCGACCCCAGCGUCGCCCACUGGCAGCAGCUGCCGCUCGCCUGCCCGGACCGCUCGGCUCGCGAGGAGAUCGUGGACGGCGGCUGGUCGGCGUGGUCGUCCUGGGCGCCGUGCCCCGUGGUGGGCGACUCGGACGCUGCGGACUCGGACUCGGCCUGCCUGUGCCGCUCCAGGCGCUGUGACAACCCGGCGCCGGCCAACGGCGGCAUGCCGUGCCACGGCGAGGCCACGGCCGUCACCAACUGCACCGUGCACGGCGGCUGGACGCCCUGGUCGGCCUGGUCGGCGUGCUCCCAGACGUGCGGCCUGGCCGUCAAGACGCGCACGCGCUCGUGCGGCAACCCCAAGCCCGCGCACGGCGGCCGCAUCUGCGUGGGCGAGGACCGCAGCGAGAUUUACUGCACGUCCAACCCGCCCUGCCCAGCCAAGCUCCCCCCGCCGCAGGACGGCGGCUGGGGCGCGUGGGGCGCGUGGGCGGACUGCACGGCGCAGUGCGGCGGCGGCUUCCGCGUGCGGCGCCGCGUGUGCGACAGCCCCCUGCCGGCGCACGGCGGCGCCGAGUGCCAGGGCUGCCCGCUGGACUACGAGCCCUGCAACGCGCACCCCUGCCCCGAGAGCCGCAAGCUGUCGGCCUGGACGCCCUGGCUGUCCGAGGCCACGCCCGGCCCCGGCAACGCCAACUGGGGCGGCACGUGGACGGAGAAGCGCUUCCGCUUCGCCUGCCGCGCGCAGACGGCCGACGCGGCCACCAUGCGCGUCACGCAGUCCAAGGAGGAGAAGAGGAUCUGCAGCGUCAACGGCUGCAAGUCCGAUCGCGUGGACUCGGACGACGUGUGGUCCGACUGGUCCGAGUGGUCGGCCUGCUCCGUCGAGUGCGGGGGCGGCCACCAGACCAGGACGCGGACGUGCGAGGGCUCCACCGAGGACUGCGAGGGCUCCCCCAAGAUGUCCCGCCCCUGCAACAUGCACCGCUGCAAAGGCGAAUGGUCCUGUUGGAGCGAAUGGACCCCCUGCUCGGUGUCCUGUGGCAGCGGGAUGCGCCAGCGGACGCGCCAUUGCCUGAGCAUCAACAACAGGGAGCUCUUGGGCGUCAACUGUGAGGGCCCCUCAAUCGACCAGGAGCCUUGUGAAUCGCCCAGUUGUGAAUCCCUCGUCGGUUGGAGUCCAUGGACUGUUUGGUCUGAAUGUGAUGAGAAUGGCGAUCAACAUAGAAGACGCAAAUGUGCAAUGCCAGGCCCGAAUGCCUGCCAGGGCCAUGACUUCGAAACAAGAAUGUGCCUGGGCGGAUUACGGAACGAUAUCAACAUUCUUCCUGCCAAGCAAUUAGACUCGCAGACUGUUGGGUAUUUAUCAGUUUGGACUAUCUUAGGUUGCUGUUGUGCGGGCUUCAUUUUAGGCGUGUUGUGUGCAGCCGCUGUCUGGUAUUAUCAGAAGCGUAAGCAUAUUCCUCACAUACCUAGUAGUCCUUGCUACAUGUCUACCAAGCAGAACCCUUAUGUAACAGUUCCCUUAAAGGAAGCAAUUAGUCAAAAACCUAAACGCACUGCAUCAUUUUCAUCAGCCACUAGCAAUGUUUCACACAAGCCAAUGGUAAAUUGCAACUCACUGAAUCGUAAUUCUCUAAAUCAUCCCACGCCAAAGUUGUUCUCUAAACCAGUUGAUUAUGAAAGCUCAACAUUAAAACGAAAUAGCCAUAAUGGAAACGUUCGGCCUGAUCUGGAACAGGAAAAGUUUUAUUAGCUGCCACUGAUGUUGAUGCUCAGAAACAAGUUCAAAGAAGCUCUGUAAGUAUGUUGAGUUUUUUUUUUUUAAAUCAUACAUCUAAUAAGAAAUCACUGAAAAGACUGGAAACUUUAGUGAUAUUAUUAAUUGUUGAUGGAAACAGAGGCAGUCAGUGCUGGCUUCAUGACUGCCUUAUUCUGCUAAACAUAGUUGUUGAACUUAUGUGAUACUGAAGGUAAACUACAUAAGUUAUUGGGCUACAGGAUUUUUAGCAUCCAAUCCAGAAAAGACUUGAGGUACAUAUAUUUCAUCAUGCUGUCUGUUAAACAACAGCUGAUAAAAGAUAUUUUGUUUUCUUGUAAUUGAUUCUGUGGCUGUAUGUGGUUAAUGUGCAUUACAUAGUAUUUUUUCUGUGAUGCAUGUUCUCUUCAUUUCAAGACAAUUUCAAAAUCUAUAUUUUAUUUUCAAUACUUUUUACCUUAUCAAUCUUGACAUUAGUUUUAAACCAUCAGUCUUUAUCUUUCUCUUUGCUCACCAUAGUGUUAAUGUGUUCCAUUGAUAGUGGCAGCCCCCUACUGUCUAGUCCCGUAUUUUAUUAUUAUUAUUAAUUGUUAGACUGUUGACAUUAUUUUUGUUAAAUGUUUGCCAUUGUAGGAAUAUGAAAGUUAUAAGAUCAUGUGUGUGCAUGUGGCUGAUGCAAAUGAUAAGAUGGGAGUAAUUUUUUGUUUUACUUUUGUGACGUUUGGUCAUACCAUGAUCAGAAAUAUAGUGACUUAUUAACAAUUGACUGUGACACACAUGUGCCAAUGUCCAGUAUACGCCAUUGUAAGGAUAUUUAGGUCUUAGGGAUCCAUGUAAAAUUGCAUUCAUGUUUAUCAUUGACUUUUACUGAUUUUUCAUUCCUGGUUGUACAUGUAUGUUGUUUUCUGUGUAAAUAAGAAUCGUGAGAUCAAAACAGAUCUAUGAAGAGGUUACGUGGCAACUGGCAAAUGUUACUUCUUCAGGCAUUUUUUUUUUUUUUCAGAAAUUUUAUUGUGGUAGUUCUAGGUGCAGACCGUUUUACCCUCAUAAGCAGCUCUUGAACUGUAACAAUUCUCAUUGUCAUGUUAGAUUACUUUUGUGUUAAUACUGUCUACUGAGAGAGUACAAAACAAUUUCCUUCAAUUAAUUUAUUUCCAUAAUAUUGUGAUAUUUAAGUAUGUAGGUAAGUAGCUCUCUAAGAACUAAUCUGGAAUGACUAAAGCCAGUUGGCUUCUAUUUUCAUCAAAUAACCAAAUGAUAGGCAAUCAUGUUUCGUAUUCAUUUACAAUAGUAGAAAGAAUAAACCCUUUUGUUCAUUUUCAUGUGUAGUGUUAAACGCCUUUCACGCCUUACAACGAGAUUAGAGACUUUGUACUUAUUGUAUAUAUCUAUAAAUGCAAUUUUCCCAUUUCAUCCAAAUUGACAGGCAUUUAUUUUCAGUUUGACUCAUAUUGAGUUUUGUAAAUAGAGAAAAAUUUUAUAUGUUGUAUAAUUUUAUUUCUUUGACAGUUAUAAAAUUUUAAUAAAAUCUAAGAACUGAA